AUUAAAAUAUACAAUUAGCAGGGCGGUAGCACUGAUAAAGCCAUUGAAGAAGGUAACAAUGCAGAUAAGUGCAUGGUUUGGGAAGAUGAAGCUUAUGUUCAUGAGGCAUUCCUGGCCGAUUGGAGGCCUGAUAACUCUAACAUAUCUUCAAAAUGUCCUACUCGCAUUCCCUCACUGGAGGGUUCUCAAGUCAGAGAAGAGAUGGAUAAUUCUGGUGGUGGAGACUUCAAUACCCAAAGUUGUACCAAGUUUUCAUCUGCUUCAAGGCGCUCUGGCUCCCAAGUAGUUUUGCGACCUUACAGAGCUCGCAGAGCAAAUAAUGCACGCUUGGUGAAAUUAGCUCCUGAUUUACCUCCUGUAAAUCUUCCACCGUCUGUUCGGAUAAUGUCACAGUCAGCUUUCAAAUGCUCCCAGGGAGGUGCAUCAACGAAGAUUUCUAGCUCUGAUUCUGGUAUUGGUGGUACUGUGACAGAAAACACAGCUUUGCAAGUUGUGUGCACCACAAAGUCAGCAGAUGAUUCUUCAGUGAAGCCUGGGCAGAUUAGGAGUAUUUCAAUGAAAAAUACAAUUAGUAAUCAUCAUCAAAAUUUAGAGAGCUUAAGAAAUAAAUCUAUAACAGAAGAGAGAGGCUAUUCAGAUCUGCAGAUGCAUCCUUUAUUGUUCCAGGCGCCCAAAGAUGGUGCUUUACAAAAUUAUCCAUUGAAUUCCAGUACUAGCACAUCCAGUUCUUUCAGUUUAUUUUCUGGAAAUCAACCGCAGCUGAAUCUUGGUCUUUUUCAUAAUCCCCGUCAUCUAAGAGAUGCUGUGAAUUUUCUUUCCAAGUCGUCUAAGCCUCUGGAAAAUAAAUCAUCAUCAUCAUGCAUGGACUUUCAUCCACUUCUGCAAAGAGUAAAUGAUGUGGAUUCUGAUAUGUUAGAUGCACGUUCUGCAGCCAAACUGCCUUCUAAUGCAGAGUCAAGGCAAGGAGGUGGUAGUUUAAGUGCUUCCUGUAGUAAACUCCCCAGCCCAAGUGGAAAAGCUAAUGGACUUGACUUGGACAUUCAUUUGAGUUUCACAUCCAGGAAUGAUAAAUCUAUUGAAAACAGAAAUAUGACCGAAACUUGUAUAGAAAGGUCAGUAAAUGCUGCAGUUUCUGGAAGUAUAGAAUCUGAAAGUGCAAAAGACUCUAGCAAGCAGAGGGGUCCUACUCCAGAGGGAAUCAGCGACAAUCUGGAUUCAGGUGACCAUGUGUUGGAUACUUCUAGAAAUGAAAGAAGCGAAAAUUUUGUUGAUGACAUGGGUGAGGAGUCCCUCCCAGAAAUUGUAAUGGAGCAUGAAGAAUUGAGUGACUCAGAGGACGAAUUUGGGGAAAAUGUAGAAUUUGAACACGAAGAAAUGACGGACUCAGAAGGAGGCGAUACAUCUGAUUCUGAGCAGUUUGUUGACAUACCAAAUGAGGAAGUACAUCAAGACAUAACAGAUGCAGAUUCUGAUGAUCAAAACGUACUAAAUACCAAUGGUGAUCGUGGAGGCAGCAUAAACAGUCUCUUAGACAAAGGCUUAACUGAAUUAGGGUUGGUUGAAAAGGGGGCUAAUAUCGAGUCAAGUGCAUUACAUUUAAAUUUGAAUUCCUGGCCUCCAGUUUCCCCCAUUGCAGAUCCCAAGAAUGCUAAAACAAAAGUUCCUGCUUCCAAAAGAUAUGUCAAGCCGGAGAUAAGUCGUACCGGUUCAAAGAAGCUCUUGAAGAACGUGCAGUAUCAGAGUAUGGAUUCGGAUAAUGACCCUGCACUGAGAAAGCCCAGCAAACGUGUGCGCCGAACUGAUUCUAGUAAAAGAAGUGCCGGCUCAGAAAAGGGAAAUUCAAGCGUCAAUGUUGACAAGAGUGUAGAGAACCCAAAUAAUGGGACUAAAGAUGAAUUUGGCUGAUUGUAGCUCAUGCAUGUAUGCAUAAAGAUAUAUUAUUAGGUGGUGGUAAUGUGGGCUUUAUCGUGUAUUUUGUGCAAAAUGGAUCUUUAAAAGGAAAAAUGGAGUGAAUUCAGAUCACCAACUACCCCCUGUGCAAUGAUUUUCAUA